AUGUAUGGUUCGUUCCUCGAACGAGGGGUGUGUAGAUCUCACACCCUGAGCUUCUACUAGUAUUUAUAGAGCUCCUCCUCCCCACCCUCUCCCCUCAUUCUCAUUCUCUCUCUCUCUCUAAAACGUUGGAUCGCGUUUAGAACGACAUAGGGACGACGAGGAACGACUCCUAGAGCUUUUAAGAUAAAAAAAGAUGGUGAAGAUCUGCUGCCUCGGCGCCGGCUAUGUUGGCGGCCCCACCAUGGCCGUGAUUGCCCUCAAGUGCCCAGCAGUCGAGGUCGUCGUUGUUGACAUCUCCGUUGCUCGCAUCUCAGCAUGGAACAGCGACCAGCUCCCCAUCUACGAGCCGGGCCUCGAUGACGUCGUGAAGCAGUGUCGCGGCCGCAACCUCUUCUUCAGCACGGAUAUCGAGAAGCACGUGGCGGAGGCCGACAUUAUCUUCGUCUCAGUCAACACCCCGACCAAGACCCGCGGACUCGGCGCCGGAAAGGCUGCUGACCUCACCUACUGGGAGAGCGCCGCCCGCAUGAUUGCCGACGUGGCCAAGUCCGACAAGAUUGUGGUCGAAAAGUCAACGGUCCCGGUCAAGACCGCCGAGGCCAUCGAGAAGAUCUUGACCCACAAUAGCAAAGGAAUCAACUUCCAGAUCCUCUCCAACCCUGAGUUCCUCGCUGAGGGGACUGCGAUUCAGGACCUCUUCAACCCAGACCGUGUUCUCAUUGGUGGGCGGGAGACCCCUGGAGGUCAGAAAGCUGUUCAAGCCCUAAAAGAGGUCUAUGCCAAUUGGGUCCCCGAGGAUCGGAUCAUAACCACUAACCUGUGGUCCGCAGAGCUAUCUAAACUCGCUGCAAAUGCCUUCCUGGCUCAGAGGAUUUCUUCUGUCAAUGCCAUGUCAGCACUCUGCGAGGCCACAGGCGCCAAUGUGGCCGAGGUGUCUUAUGCUGUGGGGAAGGACUCCCGCAUCGGACCCAAGUUCUUGAAUGCUAGCGUCGGAUUCGGUGGCUCCUGCUUCCAGAAGGAUAUCUUGAACCUGGUCUACAUCUGUGAGUGCAACGGCCUGCCGGAGGUCGCCAACUACUGGAAGCAGGUGAUCAAGAUCAACGACUACCAAAAGAGCCGGUUCGUGAAUCGGGUUGUGUCCUCCAUGUUCAACACAGUUGCGGGGAAGAAGAUCGCCGUUCUCGGAUUUGCCUUUAAGAAGGACACUGGGGAUACAAGGGAGACCCCUGCGAUCGAUGUGUGCAAGGGGCUUUUGGGUGAUAAGGCUAAGAUUAGCAUCUUCGAUCCUCAAGUGACCGAGGAUCAAAUCCAACGUGAUCUCGCGAUGAACAAGUUCGACUGGGACCACCCGAUCCACCUCCAGCCGAUGAGCCCAACGGCUGUGAAGCAGGUCACCGUGACGUGGGAUGCAUACGAGGCCACCAAGGGGGCCCACGGGGUCUGCAUUUUGACCGAAUGGGAUGAGUUCAAGAAGCUUGACUAUGCAAAGAUCUACGAGAACAUGCAGAAACCGGCGUUCAUCUUCGACGGGCGCAACGUAAUCGACCCUGAGAAGCUGAGAGAGAUUGGGUUCAUUGUUUACUCGAUCGGGAAGCCGCUUGAUCAGUGGCUCAAGGACAUGCCUGCUGUUGCCUAAAUCAAAGCUGCUCAAGGAGAGUAAUUCUAUUCGGAGGCUCGGUAGAAGGUUUAAAUUCAUGAUUCUUAUAAUUGUUGUUGUUUUUUUUGUUGCUAAAGAUUUAGUACUUUUCCUUGAAUGGUCUAUUUGUUUUCAAAAUUGUAGCUUUUAGAGUCAGCUGAGUCAUCUCCAUGUCUUUGCCACUUAUGAUCUUAUCAUACCUUGUAGGAAGUGUCCUUUGUUAUUUUUAAAAGAGAAAACCUAUAUUUUUGUUGUUGCCGGAGAUAGAAUAAGUAUAAGAAUAACUUUUCUGUUGUUGCUUUCAUAUUUGAUUAUACUAAAUUCAUCUGUGCCGCCUUUAUUUCUA